AUGAAAGUGUACGCGGUGGUCUCCCUCAACAGAGACUACGAGACGAUGAGGGAGACCACCGUGGACAAGUACGGAAACACAAACCAUAGAUGGAACUUCCCCUUCGUCUACAGUAUCAACGGCUCCUAUCUCCGGCAGCCGGGGCUCGACGUGGUGGUGGAGCUCUUCUGCGAGAGGACUCUGGGAGACAAGCUUGUAGGUCAAGUGAUUAUCCCAGUGAAGAGUCUGUUUGAUAGAGGACUAAGAUCUCAGAGCAGCUUAAGCUACCCCAUUGCCGGGACUCGUUACGCUAAGCUCAAUAUUCUCUAUAGCUUUGAGGAGACGGCGAAGCCUCCGAGGAGGAGGAGUGCGCCGUGGGAAGACGGAGAUGGGCUCGAUAUUCUAGUCAGAGGUCUCUCCCUCAUGACCGGAGAUUUUUCGUCGUUGAUCAACUGA